UGGCAAUCACUUAUCAAAACUUUAUUUGUAAAUGAUAUUUUACAAAUCUUGUAGUUUCUAUUAAUUAUUUAACUUUAAAGUAACCAAAAAUUAAUAUCAAUUAUGUCAUGAGACAAAAGCGAUAUAAUUAUGUUAUAGUAAAUAAAUAUAUUUAAGUAUUCCUGUAAGAGUGAAAAGAUCAAAAUCUAUCAAAAUGUAUUUUUACGAACGGUUUUGCCAGUGGCUCGGGCAUUUAAAGUUAUCCCGUGUUAUAUUAUUAGUGACAGUAAUAUUAUUUGUAGUGCCCCUGUUCACGCAUUAUUAUUUAUCUAAAUAUGAUGAGACUGGCACACUAUCUAGUAAUCCAAUGCGUCACACUCUGGAGGCUUUGGGGGAUGUUUCAACAAUGAAUGCAGCUGAUCUGAAACUUAGAAUUGAGGAAAUGCUACGAAUAAAGGCUUCAGUUUCUACGGAGUUACGUGAACUGGAAGCAAAACGCGGGCGCUUGCAGCGUGAGGCGGCGGCGGCGAGCGCGAAGGCCGACAGCGCCAAGGCAGAGCACGCGCGCGCCGCCGCCGAGCUGCAGCGCCUGCGCGUGUCCGCCGACCAGGCUCGCAUCGCACAGCUAGAGGCUAUUCGACGAGACUCGCCGGAACUAGCGCCCCCACUUCAAAUAUUACCGUCAAGACCACCACCCAUAUUACCACCCAUAGCAUCCUCUUCUGAAGUCCACUGCCGCAUGUUUUCAUGCUUCGACCACUCCCGCUGCUCCUUGACAUCUGGUUUCCCCGUCUAUCUCUACGACCCAGAUGUGUUUGUGCCUCUUGCUGGCGCUGAGGUGGACGGCUUCCUCAAGACGACGCUCAAGCAAACCCUAGGCUACAACACCCACAUUACGCGCGAUCCUAACGAAGCCUGUGUCUACCUGGUCAUUGUGGGCGAGGCUUUUCCAUUUGUUAAGACUCCCGCGCCAACACCGGAUACGUACAAGCUCCUUUUGAACGAGACUGCAAUCAAAAGCUUGCCAUACUGGGGUGGCGACGGUCGGAACCAUGUGUUAGUGAAUAUGGCGCGGAGGGAGCUAUCAGUCGGCUCGGGCGACGCUUUUCGAGGAGCGUCGAUUGGCCGAGCCAUGGUCGCACAGUCCACCUUUACACACGAACAGUUCCGGCCAGGGUUUGACAUCGUCAUGCCGCCUGCGCUCGGUCCUCCCGGAGGCGACGUGUGGGCCGACUGCGCUCCUAUCGCGCCUGCAAGGCGGAAAUAUUUGCUAAGUUUUCAGGGUUCGCAGCCACCUCCGAAAGGAAAAGACAAAGAUCACGAUAAAUCUCUGAUCGAGGCUCUGCAGAAAAUGGAGAAGUCUGCGCCAGCGGCCGAUCUAUUUCUCCUACAGUUCGAAUGCGACCCGCCAGUCGAGAAACGUGCCGUGCUACCUAUCGGGGACUGGGCGCUCUGCGGGACCGACCGCUCUCGACGUGCCGUGCUGCGGGAUUCAACAUUCGCACUCAUACUGGCCCCUGCCGAUAGGACGUACGUGACCACGGCCCUCCUGCAAGCGAGGCUGUACGAGGCGUUAAGGUCAGGCGCUAUCCCAGUGAUACUCGGAGGCGACCGCAUCAGGCUGCCGCUGGACGAGGUGCUGGACUGGCGGCGCGCGACGCUGUCAGUGCCGCGCGCGCGCGUGCCCGAGCUGCACGUGGUGCUGCGCGCGCUGGCGGACGCCGACCUGCUGGCCAUGCGGCGGCACGCGCGCCUGCUGUGGGAGCGCUACCUGAGCUCGGUGCAGGCCGGCGUGGACGCGCUGCUGGCCUGCCUGCGCACGCGCCUGCUCAUCCCCGCGCGCCCCGUGCCUCCCACCGUGGGCGCCCCCGCCUUCAACGACUCUUACUUCCCCCCGCGGCUGGAGCCCCCGGCGGUGGACGCCGAACCAGAAGAAACGCUCGGGCCAUUGGAGGCUCCCUAUCCCAGUCCCGCUUACCGCCGCAAUUUCUCCGUGGCAUUGUUACAUGGGUACGAGAUGUGGAACGAGUGGGGGGAACCCUUCGCCCUGUACCCACAGUUACCGUGGGAUCCAGUCGUGACGUCGGAAGCUAGGUUCAUGGGAUCCGCGGCAGGGUUCCGUCCGGUGGGCGCGGGUGCGGGCGGUUCGGGCCGGGAGUUCAGCGAGGCUCUAGGUGGCGACCGUCCGCGGGAACAGUUCACCGUUGUCAUCCUCACCUACGAGAGAGAGAGCGUACUAGCCGCAGCACUGGCGAGGCUCCGGGGGUUGCCGUAUUUGAAUAAGGUGGUGGUAGUAUGGAAUGGCCCGUCGUCUCCAAGCAGCGUGUCGUCGUGGCCGGAGAGUGGCGCCCCCGUGGCGGUGGUGAGAGCUCCGCGCAACUCGCUGAACAACCGCUUCCUGCCGUACCAUCUCAUUGACACCGAGGCUGUGCUCUGCGUCGACGAUGACGCCCAUCUCAGACAUGAUGAAAUCGUUUUCGCCUUUAGGGUGUGGCGCGAACAUCGCGAUCGUAUCGUCGGCUUCCCUGGCCGAUAUCACGCGUGGGAUCUCAACUUUAACAAUGGAUUCCUAUACAAUUCCAACUACAGCUGUGAACUGAGUAUGGUACUGACGGGCGCGGCGUUCGUGCACCGCUACUACCUGUGGGCGUACUGGCGCACCCUGCCGGCCGCUAUCAGGGACUACGUGGACGAAUAUAUGAACUGCGAGGAUAUCGCUAUGAACUUCCUAGUUUCACAUAUUACUAGGAAACCUCCAGUCAAGGUGACAUCAAGAUGGACGUUCCGGUGUCCUGGCUGCCCCGUUACCCUGUCAGCAGACGAAACACACUUCCACGAGAGACAUAAAUGUAUACAGUUCUUCUCGCAGGUGAUGGGAUACACGCCGCUACUAACGACGCAGUAUCGCGCAGAUUCCGUACUCUUCAAGACACGGAUACCGCACGACAAGCAGAAAUGUUUCAAGUUUAUAUAGUCUCCCGUUGUUCAUAGACCUUACUUGUGGAGACAUAGCUAAUUAUAGUCAUUAUUUAUUGAAUUCAUUAGACAGUGUUAGCGAACCGAGUAGUAGUGUAACCGUAUUUAUUUCGUCGUAUGAUACUGAGGGAGGAAAUAUCCAAUGACAGGUAGAAUUUUUUUACUGACGCCGACAGAUCAACCUUUAUAUUUGAACAAGUGGUUGUACUUAUGAUAACAAAUAACUUUUCCAAAGAAACUAUUUGUCUAUACUCGUAAGUUUUAUUUUUAUUACUAGCUAAUUACUGUGCAUAGUUCUAACGCGGUCGCGCGGAGCCUCGUCGCUAACAGCUGAUCGG